AUGGAGCCACGAAGAAAGGAGAUCAAGAUUCACCGUGUUGGCAUGGGAAAAGGCUACGGAUCUUCAGCAAGCAGUUCAGCUGAAGGAAGUGGAAGUGCACCAAGGUAUAUGCCUCCAAAGCCGAAGAAGAAGCCCGAACGACCAGUGGUGGAAGGAAGAGAUUACAUUCCCUUGGAAGGGGGAGAACCAGACGGGCCAGUGGAGAUCGGGAGUCCUAGUUCCUCUAGCCCCGAAACUACAAUGGUGUACCAAGAGGCACCACCUACACCAAGAAGGGAGCCGAGAACACUUUCGUCUGGGCACAUCGCCUUGGAGCUGCAAGAGCAGCAAGUGUCUGCUGAGCAACGCAGGCGAAGGCAGCUGGAGAGACUCUCUGCACUCGCAGCAGAGACGGAAAGGAUCCAACGGCGAGCAAGGGAACGAGCCUUGCAGGAACCAGUUCGGUUUCCAAAGUCAGGAGGGCCACCGCCACCAGCGGGCCCAGAACCAGAGCAAGCUCCAGAGUGUCCACCGCCAGGACAAGAACGAGCUCCAGAGUGUCCACCUCCGGACCCAAUGCCGAGUGGUACGAAGCUUCCUCUUCACACGCUGGACGGGGAACCCAGCAACGCAGCAGUGGCGGAACACAUCCGCCGGAAUGAGGAAGAGUAUGCUGCAAGACGUGCCGGUGCAAUUCCUUCAGGAGACGAAGCAAGAGCCAGGGAAUCCAAGGAAUUUGCUCGUACGGCCAGCGAAGCCAAAGCAGUGGAACAGCGAGUUCCAGCCGAGACACGGGGCCUGGGACCCUACAACCCAGGACGGGACCUGGGACCCUACAACCCAGGAUGGAAGAUGCGAGAAAUGAGCCAGGGAGCAGUUCCAGAGGACCACCUCCGAAGGAACGACCUGCUGGAAGCAAGGCGCCACCUCCAGAGCCAAAGGGACCACCACCGAAGCGAGGGGGAGCAACGCAAGCCACUACGCUCUACCCGAAUUCUCCUUGGAGGAGAGCAGAAAGGAGGAGAAUGCGAGAAAGGGGCGAGGAGCCAAACCCUGGAAAUGAGGAAGAUGAAUGGGGAGAUUGGUCAGGACGAUGAGAAAGCAGAGAUCGACUACCAGGAGGAGAAAACAGAGAUCGACUACCAGGAGGAAUCAAAAUUCUAUGGCCUAUGUACAAACAAGAGCCUCUACUCCGACAAGACUAUGAAUGGAACAAGAGAUCCAUUGGUGAUGUGGAUUUGGACCAGCAUUCCAGGAGCAAAGAACCUCUACGACCCCAAGACUAUGCAAUUCGAUUACAAUGGAGCAAUGGCAAUGAUGCUUAUGCUUGGAGUAUCAGGUGCGAUCAUGUUGUUGGAGCAACAAGCAAGCAGUUCGGAUGAUCUGAACCGAAGGAUUGAAAGUGCGACAAAGGCGAUCAAGGCACCAGAUGUUUGGAACCCACAAGCCUCGGGAGAGCAUCCACCGGAUUUUACAACCUGGAAACAUCAGUUUCUGAAUUGGCUAGGUUUUGCCGAUUCGCAGUACUCAGAAGCUCUAAGUAUGAUUGAAAGUCUGGGAGCAACGCCGAUCGAUGUUUCGACUCUCACUACAGUGGAGAGAGAACUUUCGACAAAGCUUUACCACAUACUGACUUCGUAUAUGCGGGGAGCAGCAACGCAACUGUCUCGAAAUUGGAGCAGGGAGCGAUGUGGGUAUCGUCUCUAUCAAAGUUUGCUUUGGGAAUACCAACCAGCCACCAAACAACGAGCUCUAACCCUCAGUCAAGCGAUUGGGAUGUUUCCCAACUUCGAUGGGGCCAAGAGCAUGGUGGAGCAGAUUGGUUCACUGGAAAACCUUGUUCGGGAGUACGAGAUCGCUUCAGGAAAGACCUACGAUCGAGAUUUGUUGAUGGGAGUUUUGCUUCGAUGUUCACCGAGGGCGAUUCGAGACCACCUUACUUUGACAAUGCCCGAAGGAACAAACUACAUGUCAGUGAAGCAAGCGAUUCUUUCAUACGAGCAAAGCAGCAAAACUUGGGAUUACCAGACGGUGUUGAAGCAAAAGACCUUGCAGAACACAGCGAGCAGUUCGAAUGCAGAUCAAGGACCAGCACCAAUGGAAGUGGAUGCAGUGUACGAGAAAGGAGGAGGAAAAGGAAACAAAGGCAACAAAGGAAACAAAGGAGGAAAAGGAUCCUACUCGUGGUCAAGCUUUGGAGCAGGAUUUCGCCAAUGGAGAAAAGGUGGACGAAAAGGAAGCUACAAAGGAGGAAAGAAAGGACGAGGCAAAGGUUUCCACAAAGGAGGAAAGAAAGGCGGAAAGAAAGGUGGAAAGCAUGGCAAAAGAGGAAAGAAAGGUGGAGGAAAGAAGUUGGACAGAGAUGUUUGCCGAUUCUGCAAGCAGCGAGGACAUUGGGGAAACGAGUGUCCAAACCGCAAUGUUCGAGAAGUGCAGGCGAGCGAGGCCAGCACCGAGGUACCCCACUCGACAGUCGAGUCUGUUACUCCGUCGCAGAGUGCGAGCCAAUACAGGAUAAGGAGAGUGAGGAACAUUGAUUUCCAUCACAUUGCGAACACACCACCUGACGGCACAGAGCACUAUGAGCUUAGCGAAGUUUCAGAAGAAGAAGGUGAUUGGUUCACCAGAAGGAUAGAGGUGCAAGGACCAGAGUGCUACUACAUCGGGGAUGAGAGUGAGAACAAACAAGAUCAUGAGAGUGAUGAGCUGUAUCAAUGGUAUGAAAACAGCUUGGAAAGAGUUCAAGGAGGAUCGGAACCUCUCAAUGUGCGAAUGGUCCAGUUGGACACAAAGCAACAUGUGGUGAUCUUGGAUUCAGGUUGCAAGACGCACAAGGGGGUGCGAUGCGAGUUGAAGGGGGGCGAGACCUGGGGAGAAGAAACCCAGGCGGGGGAACUUGUAUCUCCCGAUGGUAAGGCACGGGUGCCUGUGGAAUACCAGAGGAAUAGCUUGAGAUUGACAGCGGAAGUUAGAGGAGUCGAGCAAGUCAGGGCAGUCAAGGUGACUUUGGCCUAUGACUUUGGUAAAGUCCCAGAGAAGGAUUGGAGCCUUCUACCGAAUGGAACGCCAGUCCAUCGCCAUUUUGGACUUGAGUUUGUAAAGCCGCCGACAGGUACUUGGAAGUACAGGACCACCAUCGUGAAGGUGGGCAACGAAUGGGAAGUGAUUGAAGCAACGGAAUUGCUCGAGCGAAAAUCCGACUUGGAAGAUCGAAUACCGGGAUUGCUUUUUCGAUCAGAAAUUCUCACAUUCUUGCACAGGACACCAGAGUAUCUGGACAAGUGCUUGGUAGAAGAGGUAGCACCAGAAGAAGCACCAAAGGAGGAAGAAAAGAAGAUGGAAGAGGAGCCAGAAUGGUUUGGAAGAGAAAGAGGAGCUCCAGAAGAGUUGCAGGUGCCAGUGCCGAAAGGAGUUGUGAAGCAGCAAGGAAAGGCAGGAGGACACCAAGAGUUGGAACUCGACAUGGGAAGUACUAUUGUGGUGAAUGGAGAGUCACUCACAGCAACGAGUGAGAUUGAGAAGCUGCGAGAAGGUUGUCGGUAUUUGGGUUUGAGCGUCUCAGGGUCAAAGGUGAAGAUGUUCAGGAGACUGUGCAACUACCUCACCGAAGACAGAGAUGAGGACGCAGAAGAAGUUGCAGACAGGCUGAGGAAGCAAAGGCCCAAAGCAAGAACAAGACCCGGAGUGCCCGAACCGACAGAAGCAGAGAUUGAAGAGCAUAUGGCAACCCACAUGCCAAUGCAACCAUGGUGUGAUUUCUGUGCAGCAGCAAAGUCGAAACAGGACCAUACCCCACAAAGCAGUGAAGCAAAGUAUGAAGACCCAGGAAAGCCAGUGAUCCAGAUGGACUUCAUGUACAUGGGUCAGAACAGUGUGAGUCUGAUCAUUCUUGAUUCAUGGACUCGAUUUUCGUGGGCGAUUCCAGUGCCGGGGAAAGCACCGACGAAGAAGUUGGCCGAGAAAGUGGUGAAGUUUUCUCUCGAGAUGAACUACAUUUCCGAAGAAGUUCUGUUUGCGAUUGAUGUGGAGCCAGCGACAACAGCCUUACUGGAUUUGAUUGUAGCAAUACGACAAAAGUUAGGCUACAAGGCUGGAAAGUAUCCAAACAAGCCCUACCACAAAGGAAGAACAGCGAGAGUGGAACGCCACAUUCAGAACCUCAGGAGACAAAGCCUCACGAUGAUUGAAAUGGUCGAGGAUCGGAUUGGGGAAAAGAUUCCUGAAGAUCAUGCUUUACGAGCGUGGGCAAUUCACCACGCAGCAUGGUUGUUCAACAGGUACCACCUACACUCAGGGACGCAGAGUACAGCUUUCCAAUUGGUCUACGGGAGACCAUACCAAGGGCAGAUUUUACCCUUCGGAGAGUAUGUGUUUGGUCUGGCCAAGCCUGGAGGAGUGAAGAAUCGAUCCUUGUGGACAGGAGGAAUAUGGGUUGGAAAGGACGACCGGGACAUGGACGUGAUUACAUCAAAAGAUGGGAUCUUUACGUCAAGAUCUGUGCGGCGCACACAACCAGCGUGGCGCGCACGUGCAAAGAGAAAGAAGGAGGAGAAAAUGAGCCAGAGCCAGCAGGAGAUGAAGCAGGCGGGGGACAAAAGAGAGAAACUGAAGGAGAAGAAAGAGAGGAACCUGCGAAAGCUAGUAAAACAGCAGAUGCUGAGGAAGUCUAUUUCCACCGUUGUACGCCGGACAGGAAAAGCUGAACUUGACAAACUCGCCAACAUGAAGGUUGUGAAGACGAUCAAGAAGGAAGAGUGUUCAGAGGAAGGACACGCAGCAGUGCGAAUGAUGUUUCUUUUUCAUCUCAUCUACAAUUGGGAGCUUACAGUUCUUGACAUUCGUGACGCAUUCUUGCAAGUCACGCAGAAAGCUCUGAUGUAUGCUGAUAUCUCACCGUGGAUUCGAACACUACUUGGUUUGGAUGAAGACCAUGUAUGGAAAGUGGAGAAGUGUCUGCCAGGGCAAAGAUCAGCGGCAGAACAAUGGUUUACCCAUUUGGUUGAGAUUUUGAAGCGUUUGGGAUUUGAGCAAUUUGUUGGGAUACCCUCAAUCUUGAAGCACCGAGUGAAGAAGAUUGCAGUGUCGAUUCAUGUCGACGACGAGCUAGUUGCAGGUGCGAAAGGCGAAGGAAGAUGGCUGAUAUGCGAGCUAGAGAAGUUUUUCAAGCUCACAGUUGAGGGACCGUUCCCAUCCCACCGGGGAUCGGGAGAACAGCUUCAUUACCUGAAGAGGACCUAUGAGUUCCUUGAAGAAGGAAUUUUGGUGACAGUGUCGAAGAAGCACUACGAGAAGCUUAAAGGACUCUACAAGCUGGGGAACCGAAAGCCAAGACAAACCCCAGAGCACCAGCUGAUUGGAACAGUGGACAAUUCCAAAGAACUGGAGGAGAACGAGUGCAAGAAGUUUCGUUCAGCGUUGGGAACACUGUUGUACAUUUCUCAAGACCGAUGGGAUUUACAGCAUGUGACGAAGUGUUUGGCAAGUAAGAUGUCGAAGCCAACGGAACAAGCGUUAACCUGUUUGAAACAAGCUUUGCUCUAUGUGCAAGGAACAGAGCAACUGGGAUUCCUACUGAAGUACACAAAGGUUGGAAACAAGAUGAUGGAUGCGAAAGUUACUCGUGGAGAUCCGGAUGGAUUCAAGUGCGGGAAGACAAUGGAUGAUGCGAACAGGAGAUUUCUCAUGUACCAUAUUGGAGCCAUGGUGUGGAAUGGAGAAAGUCAUGAGCGUUAUGGGAAAGAAGAAGCAAUGGAACAUGUGGCAGGUGAAGUUUGCCGAAGCCAAGUUCGAGCACUACGUGCAACUUUGUUGAAUGAGCGAGGAAGCAAGACGGCUAGAGCGAUGUACUUGACAAUGAUGGUGAAUAUGAUUUCUCAGAUUGCAGGACAGCCAGACGAUUUUGGAGGACGAGAACGAGAAGAACGAGAAUUUGUUUUCAUCUAUGUGAAGGAAGUGAGUGGAUGGAUUAUUCUUUUCAGUGUGCUACUAGGAGGAAUUUUCGCUUUACUCUUGUUCUACAUGGUCGAGCAGAAGGUGAACGAAGGACGACAGGAACCACAGGAAGAAGGACCACAGGAACCACAGGAAGAAGGACCACAGGAACCACAGGAAGAAGGACCACAGGAACCACAGGAAGAAGGACCACAGGAACCACAGGAAGAAGGACCACAGGAACCACAGGAAGAAGGACCACAGGAACCGCAGGAAGAAGGACCACAGGUCAACUGCCCGCCUGGUUCCCUGAUCGCGGCGCUUCUGUAG